GGAAGGACUCACAUCUUGCCUGGGCAGGCGAGCGCGAGAGGGAGACGGAGAGAGAGAGAGAAACAAAGUCGCAAGUCUCGUCCGCUCCGGGUGCGAACUUCUAGGUCUGGCGGGGGAAAUGGGGGCCGAGCCGCACCUCUCCAGAGCUCCAGCCUUCUCUUACCAGCUUCGGAUCUGAAGCUAGACACACACACAUCUCCCCCCCACCCCCACCCCCACCCCCGUGCAACUGAGGAGGGUGCUCUUUUUAAUGUUGAGGUCCCCCCCCCCGCUCCUUCCUCCGGAAAGGUUUCUCUCUCUCUCUGUUUUUUUAAAGUCGGUCCUCUUUGCCUCGGUUUCCUCUCCCGUCCCUCAGCCGUCGCCCCCCUCCUCCGCGCAGGACGCUCCCGUCUUUAUGUCGCGCUGCCCGGAGACCUUCUGAGGUCUCGCCGCUCCUUUUGUUUCUCCCCCUGAUUUUUAAAUGUAUAACUUGAUGGGUCUCAACAACACCGGCGGACCUAACCAGCCUAAUGUCUCCUGCACUUGUAACUGCAAACGGUCUUUGUUUCAGAGUAUGGAGAUCACGGAGUUGGAGUUUGUACAGAUAAUCAUAAUUGUGGUGGUAAUGAUGGUGAUGGUGGUUGUCAUCACGUGCCUGCUGAACCACUACAAGCUUUCUGCAAGGUCCUUCAUCAGUCGGCCCAGCCAAGGACGGAGAAGAGAAGAAAACCUAUCUUCGGAUGGCAGCUUGUGGCCUUCAGAAAGCACAGUGUCAGGAAACGGUGUAACGGAGCAGCAAGUCUAUACGCCAAGGCCAACAGACAGACUUGCAGUUCCAUCCUUUUUGCAGAGAGACCGGUUUAACAGAUUUCAGCCAACGUACCCUUACAUGCAGCACGAAAUUGACCUGCCCCCUACCAUCUCCCUGUCAGAUGGAGAAGAGCCACCUCCUUAUCAGGGGCCCUGCACCUUGCAGCUCCGAGAUCCUGAGCAGCAAAUGGAACUCAACAGGGAGUCAGUCCGAGCCCCUCCCAACAGAACCAUCUUCGACAGUGACCUGAUAGACAAUUCAGUGUACGGAGGACCCUGCCCUCCGAGCAGCAACUCGGGCAUCAGCGCAACCUGCUACGGAAGCAACAGCCGAAUGGAGGGGCCUCCUCCUACGUACAGUGAGGUCAUUGGCCACUUCCCGGGUUCCACGUUUUACCAGCACCAGCAGAACAACAGUGGGGUGCCUUCGUUGCUCGAGGGAGGGAGAUUCCAUUCACCUUCACCCAUCAGCAGUCUUGAGAGCACAACAGUGUGGAACAAAGAAAAGGACAAGCAGAAAGGGCACCUUUUUUAGAAAAGAAAAGAAAGGAAGAAAGAAAGAAAGGAAACACUCUGCACUUCUUGAUAAAUGGGAGCGGGGAGUACAUGGAGAUGGGGGAAUGAAACCAAACACCCUUCUCCACGUCUGUGUAGUAUAAAUAUUUACGUGUUAUGUUUGGUCUGAAUGCACAAGCCAACAAAACUUGCAAAAACAUUUCUUUGUUGAGCUCCGUUUAGAGGAUUUUGAUUUUUUUUUCCUUUUUAAAGAUAUCUACAGCAGUCCUUCCCCCCACUCCAUUUCCCCCUUCCCAGUUUUGUUUCUAGUUGAGUUGCUUGUGUGGAUGCUACAACUUUUGUUUUAUUUCACUUAACUUUAAAGAUGAAAAAUAUUUGCACAAAAACAUUUGUUUAAAGAUCUGCAAUAUAUAUAUAAAUAUAUAUAUUAAAAAAAAUAAGAGAAACUGUAUGUGUGUGGGAGGGGGGAAGCAGGAGUAUUUUUAUAUUAGAAGAAGCCUAUUGAGGAAAAAAAAUGGUUUGUUGUGUUUUUUCUGAACUUAGAAUAUAAACAUGGCAACUUUUGAGAGCCAACUCAAGAAAGCAUGUAUUACAUUGUAAAAAAGCGAGAAAGAGAAAAACAAAAGGAAAAAAAAAAGAAAAAAAAGCAGGGGUUUAGAAUUAUUUAUAUAAAUGUUGAAAUUUUGCACUAUUUUUUAAUAUAAAUGUGUCAGUGCUUGUGUUGGUCAGAAAUCUCUUAUCCUGUCUACCAUAAAACUGUUUAGGGAAAUAUGUUGAGGUCUGAAAAGAGUCAUGGGGGAAGAAGGACUGCGUCUUGUGCAAAAUUUUCUUUUUUUAAUUCUUCAGAGUCACAUGACCCUCUCUUAGACCUGCAGUAGUUCCUUGGCACCUAUCUACAAGUACGGACUGAUGCCUAUAAAAGAUACCAGAACCCACCAUGUACAUGUAUUGCAUUAACUGUGAAGGGGCUGAGCAUGUGUAAAAAUUGCCCCUUUAAAGAAAUGAACAAAGUAAUUGUGCCACUGCCCCACUUUUCUGUCUCCGUUCUUGAGGGUAUGUUGCAAAGGGGAAAGAGGCCAUUUCUACACCUGUGAGUAUACGUUUCUCAAUUGAUUUGAUGCCUGUGUAUUUUCAUCGGACUGGUGUUUGCACUCAGGUGUUCAUUCCCAGGCUUGUCAUGCAGCAUGAUGCUCUUACUCUCCUACAUUCCCUAUGAAAUCAUUAUUUUCUUUCAAGCGAACAUCUCACGUGUGAAACUGUUUUAUGGUUAUUGGAAGCAUGAAAAACAGGAGUCCAAAAAUGAAGAGCUUAAUCAUGCAAAACGUUAGCAUUGUGCGUUCCCAGUUAAUCUGGAGUGCUGUUCAUCCUGAACCUGUGUGCAUUUAGAGCUAAUGCCUAGGCAAGACCCUUCCCUCGGCAUUUCUAUAGCUUGUCUUCUAGAGAAGUAGAAUUCAUCUCGGAGUUGAAGCUAAAGGAGAGCUCUUGCUUAGACAAACCAUUUUUUCUGCUCCAGAGCUCUGAAGCACCCAGGUGUUUUUCUAUUUUGCAAAAUCAAGCCCUCCAAAGGCAAAUUGGAACGGCUGUUCUAUUUUUAUUGUCUUGUUAAUUUCAGGAAGGCCGUAAAAGCAUACACAGUCAUUAAAUUAUUUUCUUUUUUAAUGACCGGGUGAUGGCUUCUAAUUGUCAUCAUUUUUUUAAUAACAAUAUAAUUUGGCACUCUCUCUGGUUAAAGUAAUAAAAGGGCUGAAGGAACAUCAAGAUUCAGAAAUCCUGCCUUUGAGAUUAAUAGCGCUCCCAGCAACCUGGUUCGGGCACCCUGCUUUUUGCAAGACGUGAAAUAAGCUCUGUAAGUGAAGGUUGCUCAGAUGAAGCCACAGUCCCUGUGCCACUUUUAUUUUUUAUUUUUAAGUGGGAGGAGGGAGCAAUGAUAGGCAUAAGCUUGUCCUAUCAGGGCCACAAAAGGUGUUAACUCUAAAAUACUUUCCAUCUACCCCGCUGUUUGUUAAAGGAAGAUGGACCCUGUCCUUCUUCACAUCUGCUAAUCUGAGUCUGCAGGUUUCUCCUGAAGCCAAAUGCAGUUCCCUGGUCCUGCCUUGCAUCCAGCUAAGUGCAGGAAAGAAGCUGCCCACCCAGAGUCAGCAUUCCACUUAGCUGUUCACAACUUGGUGCCGGCCACUUUACACCAAAGAGUUGGGGGAUGGAAUUGCAUGCAGCCCUCUGCUUCAUGGUCCAGGGUUCCAUCCAGUGUUUCUCAACCUUGGCCGGUUUAAGAUGUGUGGACUUCAACUCCUAGAAUUCCCCAGCCAGCAUCGCUGGUUGGGGAAUUCUGGGAGUUGAAAUCCACACAUCUUAAACCUUCUGAGGUUGAGAAACACUGGUUCCAUCUAACCUUGUGCUUCACUCCAUCCUGAAAGAAAAGGAGGGUGCCCAGCAGACCACACUUGGUGAAUUACCUUCCUCUCUUGACUGCCUUUGACUGUUAACUGUGUUUUAUUUAUUCGAGCUGGGGAAUAGGGGGAGACAUGUAGAUGGAAACAUUUCAGCUACUGUGAUGUAUUAAAGGCAAAAGAGUCAUGUUUAUGCUUUAGAAGCAAGUCCAUAAUCUCGUUGUGACGCUGGCCUGUGCUUACAACCUGCGAUCAUGGCAUGAUCCUUCUGUGUCAAGGGUGCACCAUCUAACCUUCCAGCAAAUCAGCUCAUGCCAACCUCCUUCUUUAAAGUGUCUUACUCUUUUUCGUAAACCAUUUUGUCUUGCAGUG